AUGGAUACAGCGAUCGUGGAUGGCGCUCUUUUCCACUCAUGUCUACAGUCGAUCCCACUCAAUCAAACCUCCGCUCUAGACCUCCUUGACGCAUUAGAACCAUAUAUCGAACUGCAGUCAACUUUGGACCAUCUCUCCGCCCCUCCUGACGAUUGGGCCCAUUCACCUGUCGAUGUCAAAGCGUCUCUAAAAUCCCUUGCCGAUGACGUUGUUUCUGGUGGACACAAAUCCGAAUACACCUUCCAGACAGCCCUCUACAAGAUAUUCCUCUCGGCACGCGACGCUCAUUUCAACUUCAUCCCCGAUUUAUUCGGGAUUGGAUCGUUCAAAAUCCCAGGUGCAAGUCUUGUAUCGGUCUCAACAGACCCCAAGGAGAAGAAGCCAAUCCAGAUAUAUUUUGUGUCUGAUGUGCUCGAGAUCACCAUCGUCGAUGACGAUGACGACAAUGUCAUUCCUAUACUUGCUUGGAUCGACGAAGCGGACAGACUCGCAUACACUCCGUCGCCGAUAACCAGUAUUAACGGCAUUCCGGUCGACGAAUUCAUGGUCACUCGCCUCGACCAGUCCGCGAUACCGUUUCAUGACCCACACGCCGCAUACAAUCAUUUGUUUUUUGAAAUUUCGCAAUUGACUGAGUUCGACCUGUCCACUGCACAAGGAGCGUUUCCGAACCCGGUGUUCUAUCCCGGCCCGGAGAUGGUGUUUGGUUUCGACAAUGGUACAAUCAUCCGCAUCCAAACCACUGCAGAGGUGCAUGCCGAUUUCGACCGAGUCUAUGAUGGGAGAAGCGCGUAUGAGAAAUUCUGCAACUGGGAUGGAGACGUGGUGGUGUCCGAUGCACCAGAUACUGCAAAAGAGAACAGUCCUCAUACCACGAAAGAGGAUGAGCAUGAGCAUGAGCAUGAAACAACAAGACCAGAAUCCGAAUUUGUCAUGAAGAAUUUACCAUUCUACCCGCCUUCACCCAUCUUCACCGACACCAAGGGAAGGAUGACGGGUUACUUUGUCGACGAUUUCGACGAUUCAGUGGCGGUCCUAGUGAUUCUCGAUUUUUCUGUUUAUGACGACGCUACCGAGUUUCAACUUGGACUGAGUCAAUUCUUGGAAACGUGUAGAUCACUGGGCAAGACAAAAUUGAUCAUCGACCUAUUUGGGAAUGGAGGCGGCACACUCGAAUUGGGAGUUGACGCGGCGAGACGUAUAUUUCCAGACAUGGAGUAUGAAAUUUACGGUAACAUGCGCAAGUCGGAUGUACUGAAAGAUUUGAGUGAGGGAUACUAUCAUUACUCUUACAAUUCUCAUGCCAGUGCGGGUACCACUAGGAUUGGGAAUGGGUCUGGAGCCGACAGCUUGUUUGAUAUUCGAUCACUUCUUGACAUCGACGGAAAAGCAUGGGGGUCGUGGGAUGAAUUUUACGGUUCAGAGUCCCGUUCUGGUUCAAAUGAGCUACCUACAUGUCGAGGACAAAAACAAUCGACGUCUCCUUUUAGGAUCAAUUGUACGGCCACCGCUCCACGUGGUCUUCAAGGACGACGACACACGCUACACAACAACACACGAAAGGAUGAGGGUUUUCUCGGUACUGUUGAACCGGUGUUUGAACCGGAAAGUGUCGUGAUUUUGACGGAUGGGUUUUGUGCCAGUACAUGCGCAGUGUUUGUGGAAUUACUCUUGUCGACAAGAAAGGGAAAGGGCGCGGGUACCACUACGAGUGCCACCGAGGGAAAAUUCGGGGCCAAGAGUGUCGUCGUAGGUGGUAUACCACCGAGGGGCAUGGACACGACGAAGACAAAUACAAGAGGGUACCUACACGAUUCAGGCACCGAAAAGGGACGAAAGAUGCAAAUCUUGGGAACCACCAAGGGCGCUGCGUUUUGGAGGUUUCGUGAGAUCCUUGAAACGGCGGAGAGUGUGAAAGGUGGAAUCUCUGCUGAUCCUCGAGACGGUCGGUUUUUGGACCUCACGGACCGCCUGAGGAGGUUCACAGACCUACCGCUCCGAAGAACCAAAGGUCCAAACGUGGCAGGUGUGAAUGGUGUGAAUCAUUUCCCGUCGUACUUGUUCGGCAACGGCGACAGCAACAGCAACACAGAAAAGGACACGGACACGAACCGAAUGGACCAUCGGGGAAACAUGACACCACUUCAAUUCGUACCCAGAGAAGCCGACUUACGAAUCUACCCUACCAAGGAAAUGGUGGUUGAUAAAAGAACCUUGUGGAAGAGAGUGAGUCGUGUUUUUGACGAACCGUAA